AUGCAGGUCUUAGGGGUCAAGGACCCUGUCAUGUGUCGCGCUUUCCUGCCGACCCUAAAAGGACCAGCUCAGAGGUGGCUCGUCGCCUUGCCACCAGGAUCAGUCCGUAGCUUUGAAGGGCUGGCCGAUCGUUUCAUGAGUCAUUACGCUGCCAACAUAAAGCCCCAAAAGGAUCUCACACACCUCGGCGACAUCCAUCAAGAUGAAGGAGAAUCGCUCAAAACGUACUUGGCUCGGUGGCAGAAGGAUAUCCAAUCUAUCAAGGAGGUUGAAGAUCAGACCGCGCUUACGUUCUUCAUCGAGUCGCUCCGGUCUGGCCAGCUGUACCGUGACCUACGAGAUAAUCGACCGGCCACGUACGCGGAGGCCAUACACAUGGCCAACACUGAGCAGGCGAUGAAAUAUAAACAACAGCGUGAGGUCAGCGGGACCUCUGGGGGAAAACGAACCAGAACCGUGGUAAGGGAGAAUCAUCGGGAGGACCAGCCGAGCCGUCGGGAGGCCAGACGCAUCUAUUACAGAACCAAUACGCACUCUUAUCGACCGCCUCCUCCACGCCCGGUGCAUGAAGUUAAAACAAGUGAGCCGCCCCCGCCGCCUCAGCCGGUAGAGCACACGGCCAGUGCGGACCCUGGUAAGACAUCCAAGUACUGUCACUGUCACAAAACUUACACCCACAACACGGAAGAUUGCUAUUAUUUAAAAAGAUCAUGGAGGGGAUCUUCCAGCAAGGUACUUCGCCUCCUAAUCAAUGGCGAAGAGGAACGAAUCUCAAACCAGGGUAGACUACGACCCCUCCGGAUCGGCCGACCUAGACCAUGGCAAGCAACUGGCUUCCGCGGAGGAUGA